AUGUCGUCCUUCAAUCCUAAGAAACGCCGCCGCGAAAAGGUAAAUGUGGAUGUCAAACUUGUAGAAAUAUACGACGAUUUGAGCAACGAGAACGAUGAAAUCAGACUCAAAGCUGCAAGUGACUUGCUCUCGCGAUUCACGCCAGAUGCGAACCCGGCACCUGAAGAUGUCGAAAAGGCCUUGUUGAGACUGUUUCGUGGACUUUGUAGCAGUCGAAAGGCUGCCAGGCUAGGGUUUUCAAUUGCCUUGACUGAACUUUUGUCUAUUCUCUUUGGUCAGUCUAAGGGCGAGGGGAAGAAGGUUGUCUUGGACAUGGAUGUGUCAAAAGCAAUUGACCUCCUAGAGUCGAAUACAAACACUUCGAAUGCCGAAUCUGGUCAGGAAGAGAGAGACCGCCACUUUGGCAGGCUGUUUGGUGCAGAAGCCAUUUUGAAAAGCUCAAUUCUUUUUCAGCCUAAAGUCCCAUUUGAAACCUGGACUAGGCUCCUCUCUCUGGUUUUUGAAUUGGCCAACAAGAAACCCUGGCUCAGAGGAGAGUGCGGGUAUAUCAUCUUCUACGCGAUACGUGAUAUUGGUGCGCGAAACAGGAGUGCGAAAUAUGUCGACUCUGCACUUGCUGCGCUGUGCGAGAAUAACCUUGCAAAAACCCCUGAAGGUGUUGCGAUCUGGUUAGCGGCCAUGGAUAUCUCUUUGUCUCCACCAGUCGUCUUCCCUUAUGGUGUCUGGAACCAUGAUAACCCGUUAAACUCUCGAGAGAAAGCUACAUUGGCUAAAAUUAUGAAAGAGUCCUCAGGUCAGGAUGCAUCAAAUGGCGAAGAUACAACGAUCAAGAGCUCCGGAGUCUGGAACCCAAAACUCCCCUUUGCAUGGGACCCGAUUCUGGCCAAGUUGUAUACUUCUCCCGUGGAAAAGCCACCAAUCGAGGAUAAGGGGGAAAAGGGCAAGGCAGGACAGUUGGCAUUCUCCGACUUCUGGACCGAGGUAGUUGACUGUGGUUUGUUUGCAGCUGCUUCAUCAGAAGAGCGCAAGUACUGGGGUUUCCUGGUAUUUAUGAAAGUGUUGAACGAGGCGCCAAUUGAGGUAGCUAGCCUAAUUUUCACUCAGAAUUUCAUGCGCUGCUUGGUGAAUCAGCUUGCUGUUGAAGACCGCUACCUCCAUAAAAUUGCCGUUAAAGCUGCAAAGUCGAUACAGGCCCGAGUGUCGAAGGAAUCCGAGUUUGCUUAUCCUGCAUUAUGUGGGCUCAUGGGGCCUCGGGGAGCUAUCAACUUUGAUCAGAUUGCCAAAGUCAAGGUUGUCGAAAAGAUUAUUAACGAUGUACCCCAUACCGCAAUCAAGCAACUCAUGCCUUUUUUCGAGGGGCUGAUCGUCAAUCCUGAUGCUGAUGAGAAGGUGUCUGCAUCCAGACGCCAGCAGAUCGCCAAUUUUCUCCAAACAAUUACAAAGUCUCUAAUGGCUGCGGCUAAAGAGAGCAGUUCUGAGGAGCUAGACGCAGCUGUUGAGAUGAUUAUUCUUACGCUUGCUCGCUACACUUACUUUUCCAGGGAUUCCGCGAAGCCUCCAAUCAGCGAUGCUACCAGAGAGCUAUUCAGGAACAAAAUAAUUGCUUGUUUAAACAUUGUCAUUAGCAGUCAGAAACGCUCAGCCGAUAUCGCAUACAAAAUUGUACAAAAGAUUCGGGACUUGGAAGAGAAUGAAAAUCCUGGAAAUUUUAUCAUUGAUAUGAGUGAGAGCAUUACAGAGUCUGUCCAGUCCGCAUUCAAGACGCUCAAGAAGAUCCAUAAAAAGAGUAAACAAGACGAUGGGCAACAGGACCAGACUGUCCAGGGACUCAAAUUGCUCUAUUCUCUUACUAUCCUCCAGACAUACAAUGGCGAUGGCGAUGCUGUGUCUAUGCUAGAUGAGCUGAAACUAUGCUAUGACAAGUUCUUAAGCCCCAAGAAGGCUAACCAUGAAGAACGCGAUCAAGCAUCAGACGCCCUUGUGGAGAUUCUCCUCAGUUUUGCUUCUAAGCCUUCUCAUCUGUUCCGAACGAUGAGUGUGCAGGUCCUUGACGCAAAGGAAAGUUUGGCAGGUCAGCAGGAGCUAUUCGACAGGGAUGAUGAGGAUGAAAACGACGAAGAAGGGGAAGACGAUAGUGAUGUUGAAAUGAUUGAUGGGUCUGAUGUUGAGAUAGCUGAUGCUGCAUCAGAAUCUGAAUCCGAAGAAGAGGAAGAAGACGACAACGAAGAUGAAGAUGAUGGCGAGAACGAUGAUGAAAACCUGGCUGAGUUUGACGCGAAACUCGCUGCAGCACUGGGAACUCAUCGUGCCGAUAAAGAUCUAGAUGCAUCCGACGGCUCUGACGGUUCCGAUAUGGGAGACGAUGACAUGGAGGCUAUAGAUGCACAACUUGUCAAGGUCUUCCAGGCCCGUGAGCAGGCAUCAAGCAAGAAGAAGGAUAAAAAGGAUGCCAAAGAGACCAUGAUCAAUUUCAAGAACAGAGUUCUCGACCUGCUUGACAUAUACGUCAAGAAAUGCCACUCUAACCUCCUGGCGCUUGAUAUUAUUCUCCCACUCCUGCAGCUGCUGCGAAAAUCAAGUGUGCAGCAACUCGUUCAGAAAGCGGCCAAUGUUCUUCGGGAAUAUACGAGACUGUGCAAGGGUUCGUCUGUGCCCGAAAUCGAGUCUACUGAGCUAGUCUGGGACCUGCUCAAACAAGUGCACAGCGAGGCUACGCAUAGUGCGUCUGGUCCACACGCUACGUCUUGCAGCCAGGCAAGCCUUUUGCUUGCGAAGGUCCUUGUGGCUCAUGAAAAGGAAUCAGUCUCGGGGAUUGUGGAUGUAUACGCUGAUACGCGCAAAAAGCAGCUGUUGAGCAACAAGUGUCAUGUUCAGGCUUCGUUCUUUUCUGAUUGGAAUAACUGGUGUGUGUCUGCUAGUAAGCAGUUGAAGAGUUGA